CACACACUCCACUGUUAUGUUACUGACUGAGCCAGGAGAGAGCUGGACCUGGACCCUUUGUGAGUGAAUGAGACAACGCGACACGGAGAGUAAGAUCACACACAAAGACUUGAGUCCAACAUCUUCCUGUUGGUAUUGUUGUAUGUCUCUUGCUGUCUUUCAGCAGCAGAGGGAACCAAGCUUGACAUACAGUAUAGAGAUGGAGAAGAGUGGUGUUCCUGAGUGUCUCACCCACUCUGAGGUAUUGGGUCAGCUGAGAAGAGAGCUGUCCCAUUCAUCUGACUUCCACAUCUUCAUCAUACUGGGAGCCUCAGGAGAUCUUGCCAAUAAGAAGAUUUAUCCUACUCUAUGGUGGCUGUUCAGAGAUGAGCUUCUCCCAGAAGAGACCCACUUUGUGGGCUUUGCUCGCUCCAAGCUGACUAUGGAUGACAUCAGGACAGCAUGUCUGCCACAUAUGAAGGUUGGUGAUGGUGAGAGUGAGCGCCUCGCUGCGUUCUUCAGUAGGAACUCUUACCUGAGCGGCAGGUAUGAUGAGGAGGACUCCUUCUCUGAGCUGAAUGCCCACCUGAGCUCCCUGACCACCAGCAGGGGGGCUGACCAUGCUAACUGUGUCUUUUACCUGGCACUGCCCCCCAGCGUCUACCAUCAUGUUAGCAAGAACAUCAGAGCCCACUGCAUGUGCCGCAAAGGUUGGAGCAGGGUGAUCGUGGAGAAGCCAUUUGGUCGUGACUUGCAGAGUUCUCAGGAGCUGUCGUCUCACUUCUCCUCCCUGUUCAGAGAAGACCAGAUCUACCGCAUAGACCACUACCUGGGCAAGGAGAUGGUGCAGAACCUCAUGGUCCUCAGGUUUGGGAACCGUAUCUUUGGUCCUAUCUGGAACAGGAACAGCGUGGCCUGUGUGGUUCUAACCUUUAAAGAACCAUUCGGUACACAGGGACGCGGAGGAUACUUUGAUGACUUUGGCAUCAUCCGUGAUGUCAUGCAGAACCACCUCCUCCAGAUGCUCUCUCUGGUUGCCAUGGAGAAGCCUGCCUCCACCAGCCCUGAUGACGUGAGAGAUGAGAAGGUGAAGGUGUUGAAAUGCAUCGCCCCAGUGCCUCGGUCUGAUGUGGUGCUGGGUCAGUACAUAGGGGACCCUGAGGGGGAGGGCCAUGCCAGACUGGGUUACCUAGAUGACCCCACCGUGCCCAACGGCUCCCAGACGCCUACCUUCGCCACCUCUGUGCUCUACGUACAGAAUGAGAGAUGGGAUGGUGUUUCUGAUCAAUUUGAUGUUAUUUUAAUGGAAGGCAAAGUGCGUCUGCAGUUCACGGAUGUUCCAGGGGACAUCUUUAAUGAGCAGUGCCAGAGGAAUGAGCUGGUGGUGAGGGUACAGCCUGAUGAGGCCAUCUACCUCAAGAUGAUGACCAAGAAGCCUGGAGCCUACUUCAGCCCUGAGGAGACUGAACUGGACCUUACCUACAGGAGCAGAUACAAGGACUUGUGAGCUUCUGAUGCAUAUGAGCGUCUGAUUCUGGAUGUGUUCUGUGGGAAUCCGAUGCACUUUGUCCGCAGUGAUGAGCUGCGAGAAGCCUGGAGGAUCUUCACUCUCCUCCUCCAUCACAUAGAGAGAGAGAAAACACCUCCUAUCCCUUACACCUAUGGAAGUCGUGGACCAAAUGAAGCGGAUGAGCUUGUGAGGAGGGUGGGAUUCCGCUACGAGGGAACAUACAAGUGGGUCAACCCCCACACUGCAUGACACUAGAAACACACACCAAUUACACUGUGUGAAAGUUCCCUUGUGUUUGCUACUCUCGACUCUUUCGAGAUGCUUAUUUAAGUCAUACUGCAUGAAAGAAAACGUUAUACUCGGCAUUUCUCACAAUCCUGAUAUUCUCUCGUCUCCAAUUUGAGUUGGCAUGGUAUCAUAGUGUACUGUAUGUGCCGUAGCCAACUUGUCAUUUGGGCACGUGUUCGGCAUGACAACGACCACAGUGGAGUUGGUUAAAACACAAACCGUUCUGAACUACCAGGCGACAAAUCAGUAUUAUGAACAACACUUCUGAACUUGAUUAAUGCACUGUUUGAUUACAGCAUCACUAUCCAGAUUGAUUGUGACAAAAUAAAUCAUGAUAAUUUAUUGACUUCACUGUUUGAUUGAUUGAUUGACGAUGUUAAUUCCUGUGAGACUGUCGUCUAUAAGGCUUUGAGCAGCCUGAAGGGAGGAGGGAAGGUAAGAACCUCUUUACUAUCUUCUUAAAUCUAAGCUCGUGAAAAUCACUGACUUUACAAAAGAAAUGAUCCUACUGGGAUAAUCAACUAAAAAUCUCCAAAAUAUUAUAAAAACUUUCAUAACCUGACUAAUUAUAUUUCCAUCUACAUCAGCACAUUCCUGUGUAUCACUCAGUCCUAGCCUGGUCUGGUCUGGUCAGAUCUGGGCCUAAUUUAAGUUGCUCCGCUAGACUGGCUGUUGACUGAUGUUUCCUGUUUCUCUCC